AUGGCAACGAACAUAUCACUCGAGACCACAAUGGGCUCGCUCACCGUUGAGCUCUACACCAACCACGCCCCCAAGACCUGCAAUAACUUCACCACCCUUGUCCGUCGCGGCUACUACGACAACACCAUCUUCCACCGCAUCAUCCCCAAUUUCAUGAUCCAGGGCGGCGACCCAACGGGAACGGGUCGCGGAGGAAGCUCUAUCUACGGCGACAAGUUCGAGGACGAGAUCGAUCCGGGUCUCAAGCACACAGGCGCUGGCAUCUUGAGCAUGGCCAACGCAGGCCCCAACACAAACGGAUCGCAGUUUUUUAUCACGCUUGCGCCUACACCUUGGCUCGAUGGCAAACACACUAUCUUUGGAAGGGUCAAAUCCGGCAUGAGUACUGUGAAGAGAAUGGGCAUGGUCAAGACUGGGUCUGAGGACAGGCCAAACGAGGACAUCAAGAUUGUCAAGGCUCGCAUUGUAGAGGAGGAGGAGGAGGUCUAG